AAAAAAAAAAAAAAUCACCCAAUGAACUUCACCAAAAAAAACCCAAAAUUUUCAGUGUAACAUCCAAUAAUUGUAUCAACAAAAUACCCAAAUUGGGAAAUUUUACUGAAAAAUUUAUCAAAAUCAAUUCAGAGUUAUAUGGGUCGCUCUCGUGGUAAUUUUCAAGCUGAUGAAGAUCCCAGCCAAAGAUCAAGGAGGAAAAAGAAUGCCUCAAGUGGAGACAAUUUAGAAACUGUGACCACUGGUCAAGGGACAGCUGAUGGCAAAAGGGCCUUGUAUCACUGCAAUUAUUGCAACAAAGACAUUAGUGGGAGAACUCGUAUAAAAUGUGCUGUAUGUUCCGAUUUUGACCUAUGUAUAGAGUGCUUCUCUGUUGGUGCUGAGGUACAUCCUCACAAAAGCCAUCACCACUAUAGGGUUAUGGACAUCUUAGCUUUCCCGCUUAUUUGCCCAGACUGGAAUGCUGAUGAAGAGAUGUUGCUUCUUGAGGGAAUUGAGAUGUAUGGCAUGGGUAAUUGGGCUGAAGUAGGUGAGCAUGUAGGAACAAAGACAAAAGAAGUCUGCAUUGACCAUUUUAAGGCCGCAUACUUAGAGUCACCUUACUUUCCUCUACCGGAUAUGACUCACGUCAUGGGGAAAAACAGAAUGGAACUCAUUGCCAUGGCUAAAGGGAAUUUUGCAGAUAAGAAAGGACUCUCUUCACUUGGUGAAGAUGUUCCUAAAGAUGAAUCAUUCUGUCCGUCUCGAAUCAAAGUUGAAGACACUCAUAAAAUUGGUCCAUCAGGACGUUUAACUUCUGUAUCCAAUGCGGGAAUCACAGGCAUAAAAAAGCCAUCCAGCAAAACGCAAAUCAAAGAUCAAAAUGAACCUGUUAAAUUUGAAGAUAAUUCAGGCAGAAAUUUUGGAGGCAAGAAACCGAAAUCUUUGAAGGAUGAUGGAUCCUCAUUGAUGAAAUUAAGUGGAUAUAUUCCCAAGAGGCAAGAAUUUGAUCCUGAAUAUGAUAAUGAUGCGGAGCAACUAUUGGCUGAUAUGGAAUUCAAGGAAACUGAAACUGAAGAGGAGCGCGAACUUAAGUUGCGUGUUCUGCGUAUCUAUUCCAAGAGGCUUGAUGAAAGAAAGCGCCGCAAGGAUUUUAUUCUAGAGAGGAAUUUACUCCAGCCAAGUGAAUUUGAGAAGAAUUUGUCACCAGAAGAGAAAGAUAUAUGCCGACGUUAUGAUGCCAUUAUGCGCUUUCUAUCGAAGGAGGAGCAUGAAGAAUUACUAAAGACUGUGAUCUCAGAACAUAGAUAUCUGAAAAGAAUACAAGAACUCAAGGAAGCGAAAGCUGCUGGUUGUCGUUCGUCUGCCGAAGUUGAUAGAUACUUAGAAAGGAAAAGGAAGAAGGAAGUUGAAGAAGGUGUUCCGAGAAAAGGAAGUUCUCAGAUUGGCCCAGUGAUCCAGGAAAGCCUGAACAUACCUGCUUCUUCUGAGUCACUUGGAAUACAUUCAAAUAGAAAACCUUGUAGCCAGGCGAUUUUGAGUUCCGACACCGAUUCAGGUGUUCCAGCUUUUUCUGCAGGAGAACUGUUAUCUGAACCAGAGAAACAACUAUGCCGAGAAAUCAGGUUAUCGCCGCAUCAUUAUCUUAGGAUGCAGGAGGUCCUUACAGUUCAAAUUUAUAGUGGCAAUAUCACUAGAAAAUCAGAUGCUUAUCCCUUGUUUCAAAUAGAAGCAACUAACGUAGAUAGAGUUUAUGAUAUGCUUUUGAAGAAAGGAGUUGCACCCUUGUAAAAAUUUGUCCUGAUAUUGUUUUUAGGUUUAAAUGACAUCUCUGUCUUUUUUUUCACUCAUUUCCUGGCAAAUUUAUAGUAUUUUUUUUCAUUUCUAGUAGGAUAGUUCGGUGUAUUAAGCUUCAUCUAUGUGCGAAGUCAGAGGAGGGUUGGACCACAAGGGUUUAUUGUAUAUAACCUUACUCUUCAUUUCUGCAA